UGGGUCGAUUCCAUGAAUUGAAUGUCGGACUCGAGCCAGGCCAUGCGCCAGUCGCAUCGUGGCCGUCUUUUCCCUUCUUAGCUCCCAUCCAUCACGGCGACUAGGGACCAGGUCAGUCUUCGUCCCUAGCCCCAAGCACGGUCGUCAUGUCCCCUUGCAGCCAGUGCGGCGCCAGCACAGUUUGGGACGACGGUGCAGGCUCAGCUAUUUGCAUCGCCUGUGGUGCCCUCGUCGACUCGUCCCAGUCCCUUCUUUCGUCACUACCCGAUUACCAGGCGACCUCAUCCUCAUGGCCCCCUUCUUUUCUUCCAAAUUCAACCCUUAAAUCUCUCCGGAAUCCCAAUUGGCAGCUUGCCGGGCAAGGAAAGGAAGCCAGGGACAAGCAGAAUUCCGCUGCAAUGCACGAGUUCAUCAAAUCACUUGCAAAUAUACUUUCCAUCCCAGCAUCGUCUUCCCGGGCCACAGCUCUGUUCACUCAAGCUAUGGCUGCGGGCAAUUUUAGGUGGGGAAGGAAAGCAAAGCUUGUUGCGGGCGCCUGCCUGUCUAUUGCCCUUCGUGAAUCCAAGAGGCCAGAUUUUCUUCGAGAUAUCGCCUUUCUCCUGGAUCAGCAUCAUGCCCACCUGACUCGUGUGUUGUCGUCCGUCCUGUCCUUGCUUAACGUUUCUCUUACAUCAAGUGACCCCUUCUUUCACGUACCAAAUCUUCAGUCACAUCUUUCUUCGGUCAUCUACGAUGAGGUAGAAGCCAUUAAUUUGCCUCCCUCCCUUGUUACCGUAAUCAAGCCUUUAUCCCAAUCCUCCGUUACCAACACCUGUCGCUCUCUAUCCGAUCUCUUGGCCCGAAUGUCGUCCUCAGACCCCGUCCCCGUCACCCAAAUACACGGUACAUCUUGCGCUAUCUUUAUGCUUGCUCUCGAAGCCGAAGCUCGCGCAGCUUUACCAAGUCUAGGUGAACUUGGCGCAUGUCUGGCUGCCAGAUGCUCCGUAGGCAAAGGUCUCGUCAUGAACAGGUAUAAAGCUAUUCAGGGUGAUAUCGUUGCCAUGAUGGAAGGUAUUCAGUGGCUUGAUCAGUACCAAAAGAAGAAUAACGGUCGAGCCAAAGUUUCGAAGCGAUUGCUCGUGGCGCGUGGCCUUUCCGAUGUGCUUUCCUGGCAGAAUGAAAUUUGGAGGAAAAAAAUUGAGGACCAAGGACAUCCCAGCGUUGAUCUUGAUUGCGAUUGUGACGAGGAUGUGGAUCUGAACGAUCAUGAAAUCGACCAAGCUGAUUUCGCUUGUUCCCAUUCGGCUUCCGUCGUGUCUUCUGCCUAUGAAUUAAACAUCCGACCGCGCAAGAAGCAAAAGACACGACACUCCCUCUCCGAAGCCAGUCAAUUCUUACUCGACCCUCUUUCGGGUUCACUUCCAUUAUCUGCUCUAUCUGUUAAGCCUUCUAUUACUGAAUAUACCCACCGAAAUCUCCAGAGAAAGAACGAGUCACAGGAUCUGCAUACGUAUCUUCCACUCACAUCGUACAUUCUUGCCGCACCGCUUACGGCUCUUCGGUCGUCGAAAAAGCCCACGCGUCUCCAGCUCUUAUCGGUGGCGCGUGGAGGAGCUAGUACGUCCGAGGUUGACGAUGAGGAGUUAUUUGAGGACGGGGAGCUAGAAGGACUGAUGCGCACAGAAGAAGAGGUCCAAGACUUAAUUGAAAUAUGGGAGCGCGAGAAGUUGAUGGAAGUCGAUUCCGACCAGGAGCGGCGAGCACAGAAGACAAAGAAAAAAGCGAAGAUUAGCUGCAACAAGGAGAAUGACCACCAGUCACUGGUAGGUUCCAAGAGGGUCAAUACCGAUGCGCUGAUCCGAUUCAUGGCGGACGACUAUGAUGACAUGCCGGAUGGCAAUUCGCAAGAUGUCGUCAACGUUCUUGGCCUUGGGUAUUCGGACGACGACAACGAUGAUGAAGAUUGUCAAGACAAUAGCAUGAAUGGGACCAUGAUGCAAAAUGCGUAUUCUACUUUGGGCCGCAGGCGCAAACCCUCACCAGAUACUGGCCAGCAACCACAAGACAAUAGUGAAAUUGUCUUAUCGCAAAGCUGGCGACCGCCAUCCCCUGAUGGCCCCUCCCUUCAUGAAAGUCGAUACGAUCAGGAGUAUGACUGAUAUACCUAUUCAUCAUUCAUGACAAUACCAACCGGCAACAACAUUAUAUGGUAAUAAUAUGUAUAUAUCACAGGCACUUGGAUUUAUCAUAUGGAAAUCACUCACACUGUAUAUAUUCUGCAUACCAUUUCUUCGUAACACAUAUAAUAUUGCCCAGCCAGCUGCUCAUCGGAUGGGAUCCGCUGUUGGUUUAUGAUGUGCUGCAGGAGCCUCUUGUACGACGGUCGACGCUCUGUCCCUCCAGACCUCCUCAAGUGGGGGAGUUUGUCUUUGCACCGUUCCAUCCAGCUCGUACACACCUUCAGGUGCGACAUCGUCGGUGUAUCGUUGCGUCAGUGUAGGGCGACUCGUCUGUAUGCCACUCUGAUCCACCGAGCUGUCAUACCGAUGAUGCAGAGGAAGUCCCUCCUCUGGCUCGCGGGGGAUACGAGGAGAGUAUGGGCGGUGCGACAGCUCAGAAGCCAAACUAGGGUAGUACUGGC